AUGAAGGACAUCGAUGAUUUCGUUUUCAAGAACAUCCAAUGUUCAGCCAUCUGUUUGGCAAAGGACUGGAAGAAAUAUGAAUCUGGAUGGGUUCGAUGUCGAUGCUACGGGCGAGAUCUGACGAAGGAGCCAGUACCGUGUAGUCGGCGAAACUGCGGCAGCGGUUGUUGGUGGUUUUUCGAACUCAUUGAAAAGACAAAAAGCGUCUGUUUCUCAUCGAAUGGAUUCGUGAGGAUUGAGAAGACAACACUCAGCGAUUUGCGUCGGACCUUAUUAAACGGACUCUCUGAAGACUUGGAGUCCCAGCCCUUGAAUCACAAUGUGCGAUCCACUCUCAUUGGAAUCGGAAACUUCCUCCUUUAUUCGUGUGGGAAGUUCGCAGCUGAACUCGUUCCAUUGCUUAUCAAGGCACUUGCCCUUCUUCCACAACUGAAAUGGGUCGACGACGGGCUUCUUAAUAAAAAUGACAGAGUCCCCAUACAAGAACAGUUUGCCUUUUGCUUCAAUACUGUUCUAUCGGAUCUUGCCUCACAUUUACCUGCUUAUCGUGAUGUCAUUGUCAGCGCACAGAUGUCUGAUUACAAAACACAUCUGGCAAUGGUGUUCUCGGAAAACCCCGAGAUACCACGAAUUAGCUCCGACGAUACCUGGACUUGGCUUGAUGGAGGACCUGUUCUGACUGAUAAGGAAACAUCAACGAAUAGCAUCCAACGUCUUGCUAAACUGUACAACAAAUUCGGAGCAAGUUUUGUUUACUCCUACACCGAAACGAAGGAAGGCGGUCGACUUCUCCUAAAUAAUAAGGAACUGGAAUCUCUUUUUGAUACGGUGCAACAAAUACUCAAAAAAGAAGUCUUAACCCAAUUGGAUAAUCAUGCCACAGAUGUGUAUACGGGUUCAUUGAUCAAACGAUUUCCGUACAAAACAGUCAGUGAGACUCUGACAUUGGCAUGCCUUUCAAUGCUUCGCGAGGUUCUGCGACCCUUUUCGGUGCUCAGCAAGGGCUGCUCUGUCAAGGAAAACUUUGCUAAGGAGCUCAAUGCAUUUGUUGUUCAUCUAUUGGGUCAGUUAGAAGCUCAACGGCAAUCACUUGGAGAGCGUCGUACGACCCCUGCAGGGGUAGGGCGACGUUCAACGGAUCUGGAGCUGCCUCGUCAUAGUAUUUCGAUCUUGGCUGCCACUUGUGCACUUGAGCUAAUUGUCUGGGCUGCUGUUGAUGAUAUUGAUUCUGAUGCCGUUUGCUCAACGAUGUCUGCUCGUCUAUUCGUUGUCAACACGAGUCGUGUGCAACUUUCCCAGUUGCCGCUAUCUCUUCGAGCGCUCUCAUCACUAGGAGGUCGGAAUUCAUCAGAAAAAAAGAGUGAAGAAAGGCGCCAAGAAGAGACAUCGGCUAAGAGAAAGUCAGCUCUUGAUGCUCUACGUAAUGCGGCUAUAGACGCUUUAUGCAGGUAUUGCUUGUUGCGUUCUUUACUUUCAGCUUUUUCCUAG